AUGGUUGGAGGUUUGAGCGCUGCAAAGCUGUUGAAAUCCAGCGGUCUGAAUCCCGUGGUGCUCGAGGCCAGGGAUCGGGUUGGCGGUCGCACCUUCACCGUGCGGAACAAGGAGACAAAGUGGGUGGAUCUGGGCGGGGCUUAUGUGGGACCGACGCAGAACCGCCUCCUGCGGCUGGCUAAAGAGUACGGCAUACAGACCUACAAAGUCAACGAGAAGGAGAAUCUGGUGCAUUAUGCCAAUGGCAAGUCUUACCCGUUCAAAGGCUCCUUCCCUCCCAUGUGGAACCCCAUUGUCCUGAUGGACUUCAACAACCUCUUCAGGACAAUGGAUGAAAUGGGCAAGGAGAUUCCCAAAGAGGCACCCUGGAAGGCUCCACAUGCCGAGGAGUGGGACAAAAUGACCAUGCAGCAGCUGUUUGAAAAAGUCUGCUGGACCAGUACUGUUCGUCGCUUCGCCACCCUGUUUGUCAAUGUGAAUGUGACGUCUGAACCCCACGAAGUGUCGGCCCUGUGGUUCCUCUGGUACGUGAAACAGUGCGGGGGAACCAUGAGGAUCUUCUCCACCACCAACGGUGGACAGGAGAGGAAGUUUGCAGGCGGCUCCGGUCAGAUCAGUGAGUGCAUGGCCAAAGAGCUGGGGGAGCGUGUGAAGCUGGAGUCUCCGGUGUACAGGAUCGACCAGACCGGGGACGUGGUGGUGGUGGAGACGGUGAACAAACAGACCUACACGGCCCGGUACGUGAUCGUGGCCACUCCUCCGGCCAUGAACCUGAAGAUGCACUUCAGCCCCGAGCUGCCCCCCCUGAGAAACCAGCUGAUCAACCGCGUGCCCAUGGGCUCCGUCAUCAAGUGCAUGGUGUACUACAAGGAGAACUUCUGGAGGAAGAAAGGUUACUGCGGCAGCAUGGUGAUCGAGGAGGAGGGCGCCCCCAUCGGCCUCACGCUGGACGACACAAAGCCUGAUGGGAGCGUUCCCGCCAUUAUGGGAUUCAUCCUAGCUCGCAAGUGUAGAAAGCUGUGUGAUCUUUCCAAAGAAGAAAGGUUGAGGAAGAUCUGUGAGAUUUACUCCAAAGUCCUGGGCUCAGAGGAGGCUCUGCAUCCUGUGCACUACGAGGAGAAGAACUGGUGUGAGGAGGAGUACUCCGGAGGCUGCUACACGGCCUAUUUCCCCCCGGGAAUCCUCACCCAGUUUGGCAGAGUUCUGAGGGAGCCGGUGGGCAGGCUGUAUUUCGCGGGCACAGAGACGGCCACAGAGUGGAGUGGAUACAUGGAGGGCGCAGUGCAAGCCGGGGAGCGAGCAGCCAGAGAGGUUUUGUGUGCCAUGGGUAAAAUUCACCAGAGUCAGAUCUGGCAGUCUGAGCCGGAGUGUAAGGAAGUCCCUGCACUCCCAUUCGUCACCACCUUCUGGGAGAGGAAUACGCCUUCGGUUGGAGGUUUCCUGAAGCUGGUGGGUGUCUCCACCUUCCUGUCUGCUGCUGCGGCCGCCGGCCUGGUGGCCUACAAGAAGGGCCUCCUGCCACAGAGUUAA